CAUGGCCAUUCCACGGUCGAGGGAAGGAGGUCCACACAAGUUCAACCAUACCCCAUCUCUUCUCCUCUCCUACUACCUAGAAUAAACACUUGAAUAAUCUGCAGGUGGCCCGCGGUUCGUGAUCCAUCCACGAGCCACACCCAUCCACCCCGUCACCUCAGCUUCGUUCCCACGAAGAUACAGAGUUCGGUCUUGCUCCGGCGCCGUGGAAGAGAGAGAGAUAGAUGGGUUCCACCGGCGCCACCGCCGUCCUUCUGUCCUGCGUCGUGCUGUCCAUUGUCGCCGCCGGCUCCGCCGCGUCGGACAAACCACUCAUCAUAUCAAAUGCGGCCCUUUUAGCCUCGCCCCCGGAGGCAUCGCCGUCGCCCGGCCGCAAACUGGGGGGCUUCAUGGAGGCAGGGCUGUGCCCGGUGCAGUUGGGGCACCUGAAGCAGAUGGGCAAGGUACAGGGCAGCUGCUUGGGACAGGCGAUCCCGCAGCGGCGGUGCUGCACGGCGUUCAAGGGCUUCGUGUCCCCCUACGGGGCCACGAUGAACGACGUCGACAACGGCUGCGCCGCUGAGAUGAUGGCGACGAUCCAGGAGCUCUGCAAGGUGCCCAAGGGCUACUUCGUCAUGUGCGGGGAUUCAGCCGAGGGCAUCACGUGCUGACCUGAGUGACUGAUCGUUUGUUUGUUUGUUUGAUCAAGUGCUAAGAUUAGCCGGUGCCAUCGACGACGACGUACGUUUAAGCUGUUUCUUCUUGCUCUCUUUUUUCUUACUUACUUAUAUGUUAGUACUUUC